GGCGAUGAUGAGCUCGCGAAUUCUUCUCCAGCUUGCUCAAAACCACAACUCACUAUCACUAUGCCCGGACUUGCAAUCCUAGGAGCUGGAAUUUUUGCGAAGGAAGCCCAUCUUCCAGCGAUUCAUGCACUCGGUGGAGAUGCUCCUCCCUUGCUGGCGGUUUAUUCGCGUUCAGAAAAGACGGCAAAGGACUGUGCACAGCACGCGACCUCCCUGGGUAUCACGCCGGCCCCCGCGAUCUACCACGAUGGCGACGAAUCGAGCAAUUUGGACGCCCUGUUUGCCCGAGCUGAUGUCACGUCUGUUAUUGUCGCUCUCCCAAUAACCCUCCAGCCUGCUAUCAUUCUCAAAGCACUGGCGGCCGGAAAGCAUGUGCUAAGCGAGAAGCCUGUGGCGCCAGACGUUGCGAGCGGUAUUGAGCUCAUCAAGAUAUACCAGGAGAAAUACAAACAUAAUCUCGUCUGGCGGGUUGCGGAGAAUUAUGAGGCGGAGUCUGGGUUCCGUGCCGCGGGGGAGCUCAUCAAGGCCGACAGGAUUGGAAAAGUCACUUUCUUUAAAGCAACGGUGACGAACCAUAUCGAGGUGACGAAUCAGUACUACAAGACGCCAUGGCGGACCGUUCCAGAGUACCAAGGAGGAUUCCUGCUCGAUGGUGGCGUGCACACUAUUGGCGCUCUGCGUACGGUUUUGCCCCAUCCACUCACGCAUCUCUCCGCGUUUGCUUCUCUCAACUUUGAAUACCUCAAACCCCAUGAUACCAUUCACGCGGUCGUCCAAUCUGAUGGCAAUUUCCACGGCAUCGUCGAGCUCAGCUUCGGUGCACCAACGAAGACCAAUCCUACCAUCGACCAAUACGUUAUCACCGGCACCAACGGCUGGAUAACGCUCAACUUCAAGCGCAUCGACAACAAGAGUGUAUUGCGACUUGUACUUCAUCACGUCGUUAAAGAUGGAGAAGGUAAGAAGGUGAAAGAAGAGGAGGAGGUAAUGGAUCUGCCUGUGAAGGGCGUGCAGGCCGAAUUGGCCAGCUUCCUGGAGAAGGUUGCUGGACAGGAGACAAUGAACAUUGGGGAUCCUCUUGAGGCGCUGAGGGAUGUUGCUUUUAUUGAGGCUGGGUUGAACAGCAAUGGUGUGCUGGUGGAUUUGAUCAAACUCGUGACGGAAGGGAAGUGA